ACGUCCGUGAAGAAACAGGAACCGUCUCCUGUGUCGUUGAACGUCAACUGAUGACAGCCCUGUGAGAAAGAAAAUAAAACGAAACAAAUCCUUGCGCUUUGUUUUUGUGACCAGUGCUCCCUGACCAAGACCAGUUGUGCCAGGACAGCAGGGCAGACAUCAGACGCCUCAUGGCUGCCAGGCACCAGAGACCUGUGGCUGCUUCAGACAGCUCAGCGAGGACCAAUGAGAAGAAGUGCUCUUGGGCUUCCUACAUGACCAAUUCUCCAACUAUGAUCGUGAUGAUCGGAUUGCCCGCUAGGGGGAAAACCUAUAUGUCCAAGAAGCUCACACGCUACCUCAACUGGAUUGGAGUACCAACAAAGGUUUUUAAUCUUGGAGUGUAUAGGAGAAAUGCAGUGAAGUCGUACAAGUCCUAUGACUUCUUCAGACAUGACAAUAAAGAAGCAAUGGAAAUUAGAAAAAAGUUUGCCAUAGUGGCACUUGCGGAUGUGAAGACCUAUCUGAGUGAGGAGGGAGGGCAGAUUGCUGUUUUCGACGCCACCAACACUACCAGAGAGAGGAGAGAACUCAUCCUUAAUUUUGCAAAAGAUAAUGCAUAUAAGGUGUUUUUUGUUGAAUCAGUAUGUGACGAUCCAGAUGUCAUCGCUGAAAACAUAAUGGACGUGAAGGUGUCCAGCCCAGAUUAUCCUGAGAGGGACAGAGAAAGCGUCAUGGGGGAUUUUCUGAAGAGAAUCGAGUGUUAUAAAGUGACCUACCAACCUUUAGAUCCAGACGAACACGACAAGAACCUGUCCUUCAUCCAGGUCAUCAACGUUGGCCGUAGUUUCUUGGUCAACAGGGUGCAGGAUUACAUUCAAAGUAAGAUAGUCUACUACCUCAUGAACAUCCACGUCCACUCCCACUCCAUCUACCUCUGCCGACACGGAGAGAGCCAUCACAAUAUGGAAGGACGUAUAGGGGGAGACUCUGAAUUGUCAGAGAGAGGAAAAGAGUUUGCAGCUGCACUGAAGAGGUUUGUGAAAGAGCAUAAAUUGUCAGACCUGAAAGUUUGGACCAGCCAGCUAAGACGCACCAUUCAGACAGCAGAGGAGCUGGGUAUUCCCUAUGAACAGUGGAAGAUUCUCAAUGAAAUAGAUGCUGGAGUGUGUGAAGAAAUGACCUAUAAGAUGAUUGAGGAAAAAUACCCAGAGGAGUAUGCUAUGCGAGACCAGGACAAGUAUCAUUACCGCUACCCUGGAGGAGAGUCCUAUCAGGACCUGGUUCAGCGGCUGGAGCCAGUGAUCAUGGAGCUGGAGCGACAGGCCAAUGUUCUGGUCAUCUGUCAUCAGGCUGUCAUGCGCUGCUUGCUCGCAUAUUUUCUGGACAAAGGCGCAGAUGACCUGCCCUUCUUGAAGUGCCCCCUACACACUGUCCUAAAACUCACCCCUGUGGCUUAUGGUUGUAAAGUGGAUGUAUUUGACCUGGGGGUGGAGGCUGUCAACACUCACAGGGAUAGACCAUUAAAUAAAGGCCAAACAGAUGCCAUACCAGCUUUCCUUCGAAGAAACAGCUUCACACCGCUGUCCAGCCAAGACCAGAUUAAACGACCUCGUCUUUACAGUGUGGGGAACCCUUCACAUACUCGUAUGUCCCAGGCCCCUACUUUACCCAGCAUGCAAUUCUCUGAGGCAUCUGAAGGGUCAGAAACGGUACAAAGUGAGGCUUUUCUCGACAAGUCCAGUACUGACCAGCACGGACCAGCAGAAAGAAACCCAAAAAGCUUCAGCCAUUAUGAUUUUAAGCAUGGACUUGCAAGUUAGAGCAUGUGUGUACAUAAAUGAAGUCAGCGAAUGUGUGAUCCAUUCAAAUAUACAAAUCAAACACUUGUACCAAAGACACUCUCAACACCAUCCAUUAGUUGCUAGCACACUCCAUAUAAUAUUGCAGAUUACAGUCAUGGUGUGCUUUAUUAGAUGUCGAAUAUGCUGAUUGUGAAAUUUAUACCUCAACCUUUUUUCUUCAGUGUAGUAUAAGAGAAUUUCUGUCUUGAAGGAAGCCAUGUGCAGCCUUAUUUUGUGCUUAGAUUGUUUCACUUUUAAUUUUAAGGUCACUUAGUUAUGUGCAUUCUCCCUCUGACAACAUGUAGCAAUAAAUGUAUUGUGAGGUGCAAUUUAGGUAUGCAGAAGUGCGAUUUAGUUUUCAGGGGGAAGCCAUAAGCUGUAAACAUUAAUGACAUGUUUCGUCCAGCCCUAUAAAAAGUGCAGGAUCUACUGUGUGUCGACUUUAAUCUGUGACAGUUAGUUAAUCUUCUCUCUUGAGAUGUGUACUUCUUCUUUUAUUUUGUCUUCCGUAUAAAUAACAGCUUUGAUAUAGAAUCAUGGCACUGUGAUCAUGUAAAGCUGCUCACCUUUGAACUGCAUAAAAUGAAUGCAGAUUUUCUAAACACAGAGGUUACUUGUACAGCAGUAUUGGAUGUUAUGUUGGUUUGUAAUGCUUUAGAUUUCGUCACGGGGAAAAACAAAUCAGGGCCUUUGUAGUUCUACCUUUACUGUCCAUAUGGAACGACAAGAUUGAAAAAGGGUCAUUUAGGAAAGUACCUUUAUUUACAGGAAUAUAGGCUUUGACCCAGGUAAUCAAAGAUAUGAUAUGCAAAAUUGUUUCCUUGAAUGGAAGGAAAUGGGAUUGACGACGCAUUUGAAUGUCUUAAAAUGAACUUGUAGCUAAUGUAGCUGCACACAUUUUACCAAAGUUACACUGUUUUUACACAGACUGUCAUUUGUAUUUAAGACUGACUUGGAAAUAAAGUCUUUAUUCCAGUAAAGAAAUCUGUGCAAUCUCAGUGGGAGUAACCUUCCUGUUUGCUAAACUCCAGAGACAUGCAUCAACAGAGUUGAAUGAGGGAGCGAUCUAAGGACAAAUCUAAAUCUGGGAAUGAGAUACAUUUAGAUUGAAAUGUAACAGUUGGAUGAUACAAAUCUGAUAUGUUGCUUUUGUGACACAGCUUUUCACUGUGUGGUCUGUUCUGCUUCUACUGUAAUGAUAAUGUUUUCUAAUGUGUAAAUCCAGCAGUUUUGUUUCAGAGUUCUAAAGAAAAAGCUGUGCAGCACAUUCAGCUCUGAAUUGUGAAUUGUUUUUGUUCUUAUUUUAAAUAAAUAAAUCCCAACUUA